CGUUAGUUUUGACACUCUCCUGUGUAAACCGGCUGAAGCUGAAAACUCCACUCCGGGUUUUCACCUCCUCUCCUCUCCCUCCUCUCAGAGCGGAGGUUCGGGGGCCAGGCAGGCGGAGAGAGAGCGAGGGUUGCGUCUGGUGGAGGGGGAGCGUGCGCGAGCGGAGCGGGGGCUGCCCUGAAUGGAUUGACAGAAGAGGGAUUUACAUUUUUACGGGUGUCGUGGCUCCGUGAACGCCACACGGCUGAGAAAAAAAAAAGCGAGAGAAAAAAAAAAAUAAAGAUAAAAAAAUAGAAUCCGCUUGAUGUUUGUUCGUGCUGUGGGCGCUGCUAUCAUGUCCACGAGUCGCCAUCGGCAGAGGAUUGAACUUAGCAGCGGUCUAUAUUUACCGAGGAGGGACACCAAUCCAAGCUGUCUCGCUGCGGAGCGGAGUAUUAUUAGCAGCUCAGACCGUACAACUGUCUCUCUGUGGUAAUGUGUUGCAAAUACGCACAAAAAACGCCACAGCAACUUACUGUGUAAAGGAAAACUGCAAUAAAACAAGAAUCCAAGACGUUUCUUUUCCUAGCAAGGUAUAAACAUUUAUCUGGCUCCCAUGCUGGCUGCCAAAAGUCCUUUCCUCCACACCCUCAGCCAUGCCUGCUACCAAGUCCACCAGGAGACAGACACCUGCUCAGAGACGAAAAGGCCAGAAAACCACCAAAAUCAAGGCUAAAACCUGUAAAUCAAGCAAAUCCAGAGGAAAAGCAACAGAGAGGUUUCAGAAGGCACCUGCAGAAUCCACAAGGUCAGCAACCAGAUCGCAGGCAAAACGAGGUCAAAGUCCUCGUGGAAGAGGUAAGGAUCCCAGGAGGUCCCCUAGCAGAGAUAGCCUUGUAACAGGAUCUAGAAGGCAAAGACGGUCAAGUCAGCCUGAGAGCCGUGGCAAGUCGCAGGUCCCCCGAGGACAGAGGAGAUCUCAAUGGGACACGCAAGCAUCUGCAACACCCUGUCAGUCUUCUAAACCGUGCAGAGGAAGGAAAAGCAGCAGAGGGAGUACCGGGCGAAAAGCAGCCUCCCGGCAACGAAACACAAAACACAAACCCUCAGUCAUCAAAGAUCCCACUUGCGAUGAAGAACACGGAAAAGUGGAAAACGGCAACGACGAAGAAAUUUCCACGAAUCGUCGCCAAACUGACGGUGAAGUUCCUUCAAAUUUCAAAGAGCAGAGUGUUGAACUUGACAACGCUAAAGAGGAGAGUUCUCUCGAAGCUGAUUCGCCGGAGUGUAACAGCACGCCGGGAGACGCUGCGCAGCACAGCUGUGACGGUGUUUUAGUUGAAGACGCACAGACGGUCAGCCGCAACAGUGAAGGUGACUCGAAUCAAGUCACAGGGGUCACUGUUUGUGAUGACAAUGAUGGACAGCCAAGUAGUGACAGGAGUAAAGGCCUCACCUCAUUGGGAGUGCAUGGCGGUAAUGAGGAAAAUGACACUUCAUCCAUUACUGGAGAUGAGCUUGAUCAUGUUGACAGUGGUGGUAAGCAGGAUGGGGGGUGCACUGUCCAACAAAAGGAGGAUAUGCUUCUGGGCAUGAAUGAGAAUAGAGCAGAUGAAAGUGGAUCAGUUGUCACAGAGAGAAAAGAUGAGAUAAAUCACAAGAAAAGAAGGAGUUUAGAUGUGGAGAAGGCUGUUGAGAGACAAAGUGAGACCUUGGAGGAAAAGAAAGAAAUAUCUGUAGGGCUGGAGAACAGUGAGACUGAAGAUGGUGGAAGAAAAGAAAAUCAGGUUUUCACUAGUCCUGCUACCUACCAAACCAGCACUCCAACCUGUCAAACCCCAGAUCCACCUCAUUGUAACACGGGACCAACAGCCCAGUCCGGGACACCGGCACAUGUGUUAAUGGUCUUCAACGCAACUACCUCAAAUCCCACCAAAGCCCCCUUCCCCUCAGAUCCAUUUGAGCCAGAAGCUGUAAGAAAGGCCAAAACAGACAUUCAACCUACCGCUCAAGGUGCUAAACCUCAGUUACAAGGCUCCUUGGCUGUCCCUGAUGCUGUACCGAAGGUGCAGACUGUUAUAGUGAAAAGAAGUAUGCCCGUCAUCGUCUGUAGGGACUCCCUUAAACCUAUCUCAGAAGAGUCCAGCAAUAAUGAGUCACACCAACAACAAAGCCUGGUAGUCCUUUCUUCUGAGGGAGAAGGACAAGGUUUCACACCAACCGAGACCAAAAAUGGUGAAUUAAAUCAAGAGUCACGAGAUUGUACCAGCCAGAAAGCAUCUGUACUUUCACUGUCAUUGGUUACUCUGUUGGGCACAGACAUCCCUGUGGCUAAGCAUGAACCAAACGUCGAGGACAGCGUUCGGGUACCAAUGCCUGAGGAAGACUUGGUGCCAAAGAUCUCAGUUCAUCUCGACAGCAGCUCCACUUUCUCCUGCAGCUCAGAAAGUACUCGCUCCUCGUUUUCUUUUGACACCGAAUCAGAGACGGGCUAUGCGGAGGCCGGCCUGGGACCGGGGUCCUCGGGGACGUCUCUAAAACCACAGAGGAAGGAGAGGAGGAAGCGGAGCAGGUGUGGGACGUGUGAGCCAUGCCUCAGGAAGAUUAACUGUGGCCAGUGCAGCUGCUGCCUCAAUCGCAGGACCGGCCACCAGAUCUGUAAGCUGAGGAAGUGUGUGGAACUCAAGAGGAGGAGAACGUCAUCUCUGAUCAGCUGGUGUGAUGUACAGGUGGCUCCAGAAAUCAGGGCGGUAAAUGGCAAAGGCGAAGUACAGAUGGAUGGCACCCACGUGGCAGCAGAGGAGGAUGAAGAGGAGGAAGGCCACAUACCUCAUAUACAAUCUCCCCUCACAGCCCAGUCACUUAUCAACAACCUGGUCCCAGACCAAGGUGGACAGUCUGCACUUAUUAAACAAGAGUCUGGGGUAGAUCUGGACAGAAUUGCACUUCGCCAGCACGUAUGCUCUUCUGUGACUCUUCUGAAUGCUUCAAAUGAGAACCUUACAAAACAAAAUGGUGCUAACAUGACCAGUGGGUCACACUCCGUUCUGAAAUCUGCAUGUAAAAGGACUACAACAGCGUCAGAGCUUCAAAGGACUAUAAUCACCGCAGUCCCUAAAGUCAGCUCUGAGAACGGACCCAGGAUGCCUCCAGAUGACGUGUCAGCUCCACUAAAGAAGAUCAAACUGGAGGAGCCGUGGAUGUGGAUCCCUGAACAGACCUCCACGCGACACAACGAUGCAGAGGAUGCAUGUGAUGAUCCGCUGUCGGUGCUGGCAGCUGUCGUCUGUCUGUCCGUCACAGAGAGGAAGGGACUGGAGGAGAAACUGCUUGGAUCGCGUUCUUCCAUUCUUCGCUCCAUCAAAACAGAGCCAGCAGAUUUGCACUUUGUCAAAACAGAAAAAGAUGACUUAAAGAAUAACUUGUGUCAGAAAAGCACUCCUGUUAACUUGCAAAGGAUUCCCCAGCUUGUCAAACACGAGCCUCCUCCAAAUGCUCUGCUACCUAGCGUGCAGUCUUUAGCAGAGAGGAAAAAUCUCAGUUUUGAUCAGGCUGUUGCUAUUGAGGCCUUGACUCAGCUGGCAGCUAUACCUCAAAGCACCCAAGCUCGCAUUAAAAUUGAAAAUAACUGUGAACAUCCUAUUUCUUCUUCCUCUUUCUCGAUUUCCAACUCAAACAUUUCUCUACAAGAAGCCAAAUCCACAGCAGCUGUCCACUACAACAAAGUGUCGGUUAUCAGCUCACCACUACACCAAACGUCAGUGAUUCGCCCUCCUGUGGCCAGGCAAGGAAAUGUCAUCCAAUGCUCCCGAAGGCUGAGCUCUGACUCGGAUAAUAAAGCAUCCUGCAGGUGGACGGAGCAGUAUCAUGUCAUCAAAUCACAAAGCAACUAUAAAGAGACCAGUCACAUAAAGUUCAGUAAGGAUCAUGAGCUUGAUGAGGAGGACAGAGAUAACUUUGUCAAUAAAUUGAUAAGGAACAGAGACGAGGAGGAAGUGGCAGCUCAGCUGGCAGAUUUGGCGUUCAUCAUCCAGUCACGACACAACCAGCGGUCAGAGAACAACCCUCCAAAGGGAACACCUGUUUCAGCCAUUAAAUACAACUACAAAUCCCAGCAACACCCCAGUCAGAAAAAGCCCCUUGUAAAGAAAAUGAAAGCUACACCCCCUAAGCCACGGAAAAGGAAAAGUGAUGGGUCACAAGAGGCUACGAACCGCAGGACCCCUCUCUCAAAAUGCAUGCCAAAUGGAGAGAUGCCCUACAGGGGCAGGGGCCAGAUAAGCCUUCUACAUGGGAAAUCUGGCCAACACCAAAAGAACAACUUGUUUCUGCCUCUGGCUCAAAUUGAUCUAAAGAAAUACUUGGCUGAGGCUCAAGAGGGAAGGAGGCAGCUUAUCCAUCACAGUAACACUCACAAUGCAAGCCUUUUUGGUCAGCAGGCUCAAAACUUCAGCACUCUUACUCAGACAAAUCUCACGUGCGGUCAAGAAAACCAGCCGUGGCCUCUUUCUAACGGUCAUCAGCACAAUCCCUGCAAUGGUUUUCCUACAGGACCCGAGGAGUGUCGUCUGUUAUCUCAGGUAGAGCAGCCUUGUGGGCUGCAGCACAGUGCUGAUCCUAACACCAGCCCAGUAAAAACAGAUGUUCACAACCAUGCCACUGAGCACCAUGGGCUGUCCAACGGGUUUUCAGGGGCUCCUCAGUCCCCUCCUGCAAGUCAGCAGGGCUACUACAAGUUAGAGAUGUCAGGACCUGUCACUGUCCUGUCUACAGCGGCUGAUGGGGUUCAAGGCCACUCGUCAGAGUCGACGCCAACCAGGAACAGUGUCAACAGCUUUCUGGAGUCUCCAAUGAGUUUUUUAGAUACUCCUACUAAGAACUUGCUUAAUACACCUUCCAAAAAACUGGCUGAUCUUCCAACCUGUCAGUGUGUGGGACAAGUCAUUGAAAAGGAGGAAGGCCCUUACUAUACUCAUCUCGGGGCAGGUCCAACUGUUGCUUCAGUGAGGGAACUGAUGGAGAACAGGUAUGGCGCCAAGGGGAAUGCAGUAAGGGUGGAAGUUGUUGUUUACACCGGGAAAGAAGGCAAGAGCUCCCAGGGGUGCCCGAUAGCUAAAUGGGUGAUCCGGCGUUCCAGCGAGGAGGAGAAGCUGCUGUGUUUGGUUCGCAAAAGGCCAGGGCACAGCUGUGACACAGCCGUGUUGGUGAUCCUCAUUUUGGCGUGGGAGGGGAUCCCUCACUCAUUGGCAGACCACCUCUACCAGGAUCUCACAGAGACCCUCUUUAAAUAUGGCUCUCCCACCUGCCGGCGCUGUGCUCUCAAUGAGGAUCGCACGUGUGCAUGCCAGGGUUUGGACCCGGAUACUUGCGGCGCCUCAUUCUCCUUCGGCUGCUCCUGGAGCAUGUACUUCAAUGGCUGUAAGUUUGCUCGCAGCAAAGUGCCCCGCAAGUUUCGCCUGCUUGGAGAUUACCCGGAGCAGGAAAAGAAGGUAGAGAACAACCUUCAGAAUCUUGCCACAGAUCUCGCUCCACUCUACAAAAAACUCGCUCCCGAAGCUUUCCAAAACCAGGUUGAACAAGAAGCAGCAGGUGGGGACUGCCGGCUGGGCGGGAAAGAAGGUCGACCUUUCUCCGGGGUCACAGCUUGUGUGGAUUUCUGUGCCCACGCUCACAAGGACACCAGCAACAUGAACAACGGCAGCACUGUGGUUUGCACUUUAACAAAGGAAGACAACCGAUCAGUGCGUAAUAUUCCAGAGGACGAGCAGCUUCAUGUGCUGCCGCUUUACAAGAUCUCUGACAAAGAUGAGUUUGGACAUGUGGAGGGUCAGUGGGCCAAGAUCCAAAGUGGUGCUCUGCAGGUUCUGUCCUCCUUUCCUCGAGAGGUUCGUUUACUGGCUGAGCCCGUGAAAUCUGCCCGUAAGAUGAGGCAAGAAGCUCGGAUAAAAGCUCAAGCAGAGAAGUUGGAGAAGAAGCUCGGGCUGACUUCUCUCAGUCCCGGAAAAGUGAAAUCUGAGACUCCCAACAAAGAGCCACAAGGUAUUUUCAGCUCUUACAGGCUGCCACCCAGACCUGCCAGUGUUGGAAGGUCCCCACCAGAGAGAAAUCAACCCAGCGUUUACAGCCAGAGCACCAGCAGCUACUCCUCACCCGGUGCAGGGGUGACAUCACAGAGGGACGUCAUCCCCGCCAGCCACCAUGGCCUGCCUAGCCUCCGGUAUGAGACAGUGAGUGGAACCUUGAGCAUUUUUGCUCCAGCAUCCGGUGAGCGUAUACCUCCUCAAAGCCCCCGCGGUGAAUGUUCCUUUAAAACUGAGCCCAGUGAGGUGCACUGCUCUGCUCUGCGCAGACUCUCCCCCAGUGCUCCUCCUCUUCAUCAUCCCUCCUCCUUCUCCCCACGACCUACAUCUGAGGGCCUCUUCAGCAGACUCAACGGACUGCCAGCAGACGAUGUCGCAGGAGAGGUCAGGGGUCAUGCCCUUCCUCCACGCUCACCUCCCCCUUUACAAACCCCUACCCUCAUGGCUGAGGAUACAAAGCAGGAAGAGGUUUGGUCUGACAGCGAGCACAACUUCCUGGACGGGGACAUUGGCGGGGUCGCCGUGGCGCCGUCGCACGGCUCCAUCCUGAUUGAAUGUGCGCGACGGGAGCUCCACGCCACCACGCCUAUCCUCAAGCCGAACCGCAGCCACCCUACCCGAAUCUCCUUGGUCUUCUACCAGCACAAGUCCCUAAAUGAGCCAGGCCACGGGAUGGCCAUGUGGGACGCCAAAAUGGCCAAGCGGGAACGGGAUCGAGAGGAGGAGGCGGAAAGACUGAGAAUGGAGGGCAGCCCAAGCAGCGGCGUAAGAAAGGGGGAGGAGGAAGCAGGCGAGGACGCCGAGGAGACAAGGUUAACGAACGUCCCGACACGUCAGGCUUGGACUCUCUCGAGGGACGGCGUCAUCACCGUGUCCCCGUAUGCUCUUACACACGUGACGGGCCCGUACAAUCGCUGGACUUAGUCACAAAACACUCGCUCACCGUGCGCUUCUGCCUUACCUCAAUUAGACUUCUACUCAUGUCAUUUGUACUUUUCUAAUAUCUAUAAACUUUGUCCUUCUGAGUCUCUGCCUUCUUGAUGAUAAGAAGGACCAAACGUGUUGUUGUUUUGUUUUUUUCCUUUGGGAGGGGGGUUAUUUUUAACUGUGAGUUUUGGUGCUGGUUUUUAAUGUAAAGAAAUGGUGCUUUGAAGCAUUUAAUGAUGUUUUU